GGAGUUGUUAGGAUACUUGCAUUCUAAAAGAAGACGAAAUGGCGGCUGCUAGAGAUGCAUUCGCGAUAUUCUUCAAGAAAGAUAAGACUUUCCGUCCCCGGAAGAAGUUUGAGCAUGGUACGAUGAAGUACAACCUCCACAAGCAGGCCAACGCUUCCCUCAACGCCGGCAUUGACCUGAAGGAGGUCGUCCGACUCCCUCAGGGGGAAGACAUGAAUGACUGGAUUGCUGUGCAUGUGGUUGACUUCUUCAACAGAAUUAACCUUCUGUAUGGUACAAUAUGUGAGCACUGUACUGAACAGACUUGCCCCACGAUGUCGGGAGGACCGAAGUACGAGUACUUCUGGAGUGAUGGUCUAAACUACAAGAAAGCCACAGCCCUCCCUGCUUCUCGGUAUAUUGCACUUCUCAUGGAGUGGAUAGAAACACAGAUUAAUGACGAGAACAUAUUCCCCGUUUCUGCAGAGACACAGUUUCCCAGGAACUACAUUCAGGUGGUGAAGAAAAUCCUCAGUCGCCUCUUCCGAGUCUUUGUCCAUGUCUACAUCCAUCACUUUGACAAACUUGUCGCCAUUGGCGCCGAAGCUCAUGUAAACACCUGCUACAAACACUUCUACUACUUUGUCAAUGAGUAUACCCUUGUGGAUAAGAAGGAACUAGAACCAUUGAGAGAGAUGACGGAGAGGAUCUGCCACUAGAGUUGCCAGCCACCGUAACAAGGUGCACAUUGCAGCCUUCACCAAGCACUACCAGUGUAGAGAUGCAGGGCUAUAUUUUUGUGUCUGUGAGCGAUGGGCUAGUUUGUAUGUACAGAACAUACUCUGUGAAAUCAUGGCCUAAGGUGUCCAAAUAAAGUCCAGUUUUAGGGUGAACGUUACAUGAAGACUUAGUUAUAUCCAAAUAGGCCACCGAAACAAGCAAUGUUAUGCCCUCACGUGGAGUUAAUGCAGUACUUUAUCAUUGAGAAAUGUUAGACUUGUGAGCACAUCAUAUCAUCUGAAUGUUUCAAAAAGUGUAGAAAAUUUGUCUCAGAAUUUGUACAUCGGAAAAAAAUAAUGAACAUUGUUUUUUCAGCUGCUAAGCAGUAAUCGUGUCACUAUGGACGUAUUUGAUGAAUGUUUUGAAAGUGUCUUGAGAUUGUGUACAGUUAUUGUGGAAUGGUGCUUCCAAAAGUUCAUAACCAGGAACAGGGAAUUAUCCAGGAAUUUUAACCUGUGCCAUAUGUUCCUUAAAAAAUGUUCCUUAUUCAAAUAAGUUCUGAUUUCUAUGAACUGAAAAUCAUGGAAAAUUAAUCAAUUGGGAAAUGAAUAUACCUUUGUGAAUUUGUAAUCAAAAUUAGGAACCCUUUUGGGGGAAUAUGAGGCAUUGGAAAAGCCUAGAUAAGUCUCUGUUUGGUGUAUAAUAGAAUCAGUACCCCGUUCAUAGUCAUUCCAGUGCAAGCAUUUCAGAUAGUGGACAGAUUCUGAUCUCAGAAAUGUCAGAUGUUUUACUGUGAUGUGAUACCUCUCUAUGUGAAGAUCUGAUAACAUCUCCAUGGAGAUUGAUUAAGGCGAACCCUGAGCGAACUUUGACUGAAUGAUGAGUGGGUUCUUGAGCCAAUCAGAUGUCUGCUUUCGAAAACAAUUUGGUUUAAUUUUUAUUUGAAUUCGAUUAGGAAAUUUUGAUUUUAACAGAGCACAAUUGUUUCUUCGAUCGAAACCCUUUUUGUUGAAGAUGUCACAGAGUUCAGAAAUGACAGUGUAUACAAUAUCCACAGCAACUUUAUGGAGCUGCUUUAUUUAUUUACAUUUUGAACUGAUUGUUUUUAAUUUGUUGUCAAGAUAUGAAAGUCACAUAUUCUGAUCUGAAUGCCCACUUGUAUCCAGAAACAUUAAGCUGACAUGCCGGGAUAUAAUUGGAAUACUGUUAAAAGCGGCAUUAAACCCAACUCACUGAUUAGAGAGUUCAGCGGACACGCCCUCCUAUUGAGGGUUAUCCGAUCUUCAUGCAGACAGGUAUUCGUAUUGGAGUAUAAGAUCUGAUUUUGAUUUGAUUGGACAAAUUGCAGCUUGAUAGCUAGCAUCCUUAGUGACAAAUCACAUCUUUAACAAUCACCAUCAAUUGCCUCAGGACAGGUUGCUUCUGACCUUGUCAACUUCAAUAUCCACCGACUUGUCUCUUCCGUCGGUAAUGUCCGACAGGAAGUUACAACGUUUUGUAAGCAUUCAUCAUUUACAGCUAAACAUGCAAAUAUCACGGCUUAUAAUGCUCAAAGUUUCAUCUGUCAUUGUGUGAAGUUAGUAGCAUCAAACAAUUUUAGACUUUAUACAGUGAUACCUUCUCAGGCAAGUUGUUCUGACUGUGUGUGUUAGCUUGGCCUGAUGGAUCGGGCGGUCAGGCCUGGUGAGUUGGUGGGUUGUGUGUCAUCAUACAACCAUGGUGUAGAUCAUUGCUCACAAUAUCGAUCACUGGAUUGUCCAUUCUUGACAUGUUGAAAUGUGGCCUGCUUGGCUGUAAACCUGUAGGCCAUAAAUGACAGUAGAAACAUCCCAGGAAACAAAAUGAGAUGAUAUAGAGCUUUAACAUGUUACAUUAAAAGCAAAAGUUCUAUUAUGUAGAGAAAAAUCUCACUCAUAUGAUGUCUGGGCAAUAAUCGAUUCCAUUGUGUCAAUGGAUUUUCUGGUUCUUAAUUUUCUCUGGCAUUGACAUUUUAUGUUUAUUUUACAAUUUCAAGACUGUUCACCACUGUGGCCAAUCAGUAUUGUAAUGCUCACCAUUUUAAACCAUAUACAUGUAACAAGAAUGAUGCAAAGGCACUGUCUUGAACCCUAAGAGGAACAUCAUCAGAAUGGACCCAUCUUUAUAUGCAUAACAUAUUUGUGAUAUCAUUUUAACAUAAACUGUUACUCUUGCCUGAGGAGGUAUUUUCUGUGUUAGUUUAUUCAUUGAGGGUAAUUUAACGAAGGAGGAAAAUAGACUCUUUCAUCUCUUGGUGUUUGAUCAUGUUGAAUGUAUGUAUAAGAAUAUACAGUCCGCCCAGCCUGAAAUGUAAUACACCUAUUUAGGGCUGUUUGAUGAAGCUCUAGGGCCCUUGACGAGCAUUCUCGUUUGUGUAUACUUUCACACUGUAGGGUGAUUUAAGACAGCUUUAAUGAAGGUGUGAUAAUGUAGACAAGCCUAUUAAAACAUUCUUGUCUUGAUCAAAUUAGGUUGAAAGCUAAUAUUUCAUUCAUGAAUUUCUUGUAUAUUUUUCAAUUUUGUCUGCAGUAAGAUGGAUUGAUUUAGAAAGGUGAGGGGUUUGUAUCUUGUCUAUAUUAUCACACCUAUCAAGUACUAUUUCCACAUAUAGUGGUGAAAUCUCAUUCAUGCCAAUCCACUAUCAUCCUCACCACACAGGGGAUAUUGCAUUUUGGUCAUCUACUUACUAGCCCUGGAUUCCCUUCUAACAUUUCUAAACCAAUUUUUGCAGCCAGUGUCAGUAUACCAAUGUAUAAGCAGCAUCACUGCAUAUGAGAAAGUAGUUUUUCUUGGUUAAAGAUCAAAUCACUAUAAUUACUAUUUAGACUGAGAUUCAGUCUUUGUUUUACCUUAAAAGAAACAGUUUCUUGUAUUUUGUAACUCCAAGAUCAGAAAUGAGUUUGCGUAAGCUGUUUAACUGGUUGAUGAUCAGAGUGCAAUGGCCUGAAGGAUGUUAUCCUGUUUUGCAAGUACUAUUCAUCCCUUUCGCGUUAUCACUUCACAGAUAGUGUGACUUGCUUGUGACUGUAUUCAAAACUGAGACAAGGCCUCAGCCACACCGAAUGCAGGAUAGUUGGAUUUUGAAAGCUACAGACCCCACCAGCUCAAAACCUGUUAGUUUUGCGAGCCAAUAAAGAUUUUAUUUAUUUAAGUAUCUAACAAUGCUGUAAUGCAGGUGGAUACUGUCAGUGCAAGGGAGAUAACUUGUGUAUGAAUAAAGAAAAUUAAAGUAGAAAUUGCCAGUUAAGAUUUACAUAAACAGUUACAUCUUCCUUAGUUAAAGAUGUUUUAACAGUUAAUUUUAUUUGUUUUGAAAAACCCCCAGAUGACCUCUCAUCAUUAAAAGAUAAGCGAUCUGAGCUAAGUUUCAGUUUUUGUCGGACUCCCACAACAUUUAGAGUGGUGGAGUUUGUGCAUUGUGGACUGGCUCAGAACGAUCUUUCUCCAAAUUUUCUUUUAAGAUGUAUUUUCACCCUGAGUCCUUCCUGCUUGAGACAUAAUAGUUAAGUAUUAUUUUGUGAACUUACUUUUCAAACAGUGAAAUAAUUGAACUUUAUUGUUAUCUGUGAAGCAUUGUGUUGUGGCCUUGUCUGAGUCUGAGAGCAUCAUGUUGCUGCCUCACAUCUGUGACCAAUCACUGUGUUACCUUGCCUAGUCAUAUGAACAGUCGCAUCAUUGCAUGGCUGUUGCGUGGUGUAAAUAUUGUGUAGUUACCCUGUUCGUUUCAAUGUCAUAAUCAAACAUUUGUCAUUCGCAUUGGAAUCUCAGAUCUCGCAUGUGAACAAGGAACUUUGUCUGCAGACUGAGUUUGGGGUCCUGUGUUUUCAAAUGAAGCCGCUUCUAAGGAUUAGGAUGAUACUGUUGAACCUUCGUAAACCAGAAACCUGCUAUUAUGGACAGUCCGUUGGGUCCUUGUGUCAAGAAUUCUUGUCCUGUUUGUCUCAGAAGCACAGUACUUAAUUUGGUCCUGAUGGAUUUAAACUGUCUGGACAUCGUGUGGAUUCUGGGUAAGAAUAUAGGCCCACAGCAACCUAUGCUGGUCGUAAGAGGUGAGUAACUGGAUUGGGUGGACUCAGUGGCUGGUUGAUUGUAUGUCAUUAUAUCCCAAUUGAUGCUCAUGAUGUCAAUCACUCAAUUUUCUGGUCCAGAUUUGAUUAUUUACAAAACACUGUCAUAUAGCUGGAAUAUUGCUGAGUGGGGCGUUAAACAACAAACAAACUGUCUGGAUUAACACAGUUCUGGUUUAUUUGAAUUUUUUACAACAGCACUGUCAUACCUUCAUGAAAUGGGGCCAAUGUUUAAAUCUGCAACAACUUAUAACAUAAAAGAACACAACUUAUUUUAUGGGGUUAUGGAAAAUAAGGGUUUGUUCAGGAUUUUGAAAGAGAGCUUCAUUUAAAAAUUCCAGAACUCACAACAUCAGUCCUUGAUCAGUCCGUGAUCAGUCCGUGUUAUAUUAAAUGAUGAAAUAUGGAUCUGCUGGUGCUAUAGGAGUAAGUAGAUUAAGCUUAUCUUUUCACUAAUUUUGGGAAAUGAUUGUCACUCACCAGAUUUUGGAUGCGUAUUUGCGAUGUGAAAUUUGAUUGUAAUCAUCGGUACAUAUUUGAAUUGUGACGAUGAAGUUGUACUCUCUUCCAGGAUUAUCACACAUGAAUCCAACAAAGGCUAUUUUUGUAGCACUCGGUGCCGUUCCACAAAGUGAUCGUAGCACUUAGUGAUUGAUAACUUUAACUGACUUCAACAUAGACUUAUGACAGUUGUUGUGCUACGAUCACCUUGAGGGAGGGGGCCCUGGUCUUAUUUCCUGACUCUACAUUUGGAUGUCCUUAACAAUUGAUCAAGCAUUUCUUACGCUAAUGCUUUGGAUCUGCUACAAUGUUUACUAUUUUCUAAGCUAUAUACAUGAUGUGUAUUGUUGCCCAGUCUUAUAGCUGACAUAAAUGUUGAGUCUUUCAUAAUUCCAUCAGUAAUAAUUUUCACUGUCAGCACAGUGUUGUAUUUGGUGCACAUGCACUUUCGUAACGUCCUUGAAUAUCGGGUCAACUUGUGUCCAUGUUGUUCCUAUAUGUACUCUGUCCAUUUGACAACGUAUCCUCUGAUAAGAUUAUAAAGACUUUAUUCGCUUGAACGAACUGGUGCAUUGGCCCAGUGGUCAAACAAAUGCAGUUCUUUUGUGCAGAGUUGUGUCCCUUAGCUGUGCCAUGAUGCACUGGUUGUGAGUUCGAAUUUCAGAUCAUCCAGGUUUCUUCUGUCACUUACUUUGCUCACAGGGUGAUGGGAUAGCCAAGUUGUUAAUGCGUUCACUCAUUGCACCGUAGUCCCGGGUUUGAUUCCCAAAAUGGGUAUAAUGUGUGAAGGCAAUAUCUGGUGUCCUCUGCCGUGAUAAUGCUAGAAUAGUAUUAGUGGUGUAAAACCAUCCUUCAGAUUCACUCAAAACUUGGUGUCCUUUACCAGUCAUGUCCAAGGGUCUUCAUUAUCUGGAUAAUUUGAAUUGUGUGGAUGGUCCAACUAGUUGUCAGGGGGCACGGGUGGCCCAGUCGUCUUAGGCGCAGCGAUUCGCUGUGCAGAGCUGCAUCCCUUGGGCACGCCAGAAACCUAUGAUUGUGGGUUCAAAUCCUGGUUCGCCCCGAUUAUGUUUCUAGGUUUGUCAGCACCAUACCCAUGCUCGUGGGUUUCACCGAAGUGGUAAACGUCUGAGACCUGCAUCACUUCGGGCUUUCCUGCCACAUUAAGCUGACACGCCGUGAUAUAACUUGAAUACUGUUAAAAGCGGUGUUAAACCCAACUCACUCACUCACUCACUCACUCACCCCAACUAGUUGUCCCCCCUGCCAUACAGUCAGGUUAGGAUACAGAGAGGAACAGCAUGGACAUGGUUUAACCUGGGUAUUUGAUGGGGAAAACAUUCUUGUCGAUGUAGUGAUUUGAGUGAUACAGUAUGCUUAUAUAUUGUUUCUUUGUUAAUAACUAUAUACAUGUAUGUAUGUUCGCUCAUGUCAACCACUCUGGGCUCUUAGGGUAGUCCUGAACAUGUAGGUUGAUUGUAAUAAGAAUCAUUUGAAAAAUAUAGAAGUUGGAAUGGAUUAUGCAUUGUUAUCUCAAGGGAGGGAGAAAUAUGGACGUUUCUUAUUUUCUUUUGUCUCAUAGAAAUUAAUUUCAUAAUUGAAUUAAAGAGUGUGAUUUUUGACGACCACUGCCCAAAAUAUUCACUUUAUGUAAUACAAAUAUUGUGAUUGAUUAUUCUUACCAAUAUGAGAUCUGUGACUCAUUGAGGGCCCAUAUUUGUUGCUUGGAGUUGAAUGUUUUGUUAAGGUAUUGAGAAAUACUUGUUUCUAGAUUGUUGUAGCUGUUUGCCUGUGCAUAAUCUACCGCUGUUUCCGUACGUGACAAUUCAAUCAUAUUUCAAGCUUACACUUUCAGACAAAUUUUCCUGAAAUUAAAACACCUAAAUUAUAUUCUAAAAUAUUUGCCUUUGAAAUAUUUUCUCGAAAUCUUUUGUUUGUUGAAUAUGUAAAAUAUGUUUUUUUCCCUAUUGUGUGAUAUUUAAAAGUGUAUUAUUAAUAAAAAACGUUGUUAAUAAUGUUCCCAUUGUAUUGCUAAAUUCUUGGUAAUAAGGUAAUUUCAUAUAAACCUGUCCUAAGCUUUAUAUUUUCUUGACUAAGAAAAUUAUCUAACUUUUAAAAAUAUCUUUUGGAAUGUGACGCAAGGUUUCUAGGCAGGAUUGUUAUCUGACAGUGUAAGCUUCCUCCCCCAUGUUGAAAUGUAUAUACUCUUCUUGUGAUGGGUAUUGGUCAUAGGAUGGUUUUCUUAAAUCAUAGAAUUUCAGUUUAUUUCUCUGUCAUGCCGGUUUGAUCCAUUGUACAUAUAUUCCUGUGCCUGUCUUUUAAACCAUUUUGUACAUUGUAGUUCACUGACUGGACAAUUUUAUGAAGCAAUAUUGUGAGAUUUUAGAAAGUCCCGCCUAACAGGGUCAUGUCAGAUGAAGUGUGUCUUGUUUCAUCGGUAUUUAUUGGGCCAUGAUAGUGACAAUAUGUUAAUUUAGUUAUCCUUAACAAUCAAGCUCAGUUUACAGAUAUUCUUGACAUUUUUGUUUCUAUACUCAACUUUGCCAUGUAGCAUUCCAUUAACGUUAAAGGUUCAUGUUUAUAGUGUGGCUAGAUCGAGUCUAUGAUGUACAGCGAGAUUCCAGAUUAACAAAUAACACCAAAUCAUGAGGAACCAAAUGUUUUGAAUCAAGUCUGUCAAGCAAUGGAACACAUAUGCCCCAAUUGCCUAAGGAGCCGCAAUUUGUGCAGAGUUGUGUCCCCUAGUUGCACCAGAAACCUGUGAUCAUAGUACGGAUCCUGGUUCACCCUGAUUAUGUUUCUAGGUUUAUCAGCACCCUCCUUGUGCUGAUGGGUUGCACCAAUGCAGUGUCCAAAAUACCUGCCUGCCCGCCUGCCCCUGGGGUGGUAACUUUUCUGUUGCGUUGCAUUAUGAUUUUUUUAAGACUACUUACGUAUUCAGUUUUAUUAUAACUCCUUGUAGAUUCUCAAGUAAUUGUUUGCAUUAUUUCAACUGAAUCAAGAUGUGAUUUUUUUCUUAUUGUUUGGGGGAUUUUUCAAUAUUUAUAAUGUCUGAAUGCGGGCAGGUAACUUUGAAGAUGGGCAGGCAACACUUUCUGGUCACCUACCUGACAGUCUUGUUUGGUUAUGCAAUUAUUUCAAACACUGUACCAGUGUGGUAAACGUGUUAGUCCUGAAUCAUGUGUGGCUUUCCUUCCAUGUCAGGGUGACAUGCCGUGAUUUAACGGAAGCGCCGGUACUGUUCAGCCACUUUAUGACAUUGGUCAUGCCCUCACUAUGGGCGUGAACCUGCAAUGUUUCUGUUAAUCUUUAGUUUUAGCAGUGCUGUGAUGUCUGACAGUUCUUACUCUUUAGAGUAGUGUUUUGCUCAUGAAACUAUUUCUAUAUAUCCUGCAGUCCCUAACCUGUGUUACGUUCUCUGAAGGGUUUUUAACAAAAUGAUGCUUAUUCUUCUCUCCCAGAAUCAUGAAAUUGUCAAAGGAAACCAUAGUUUGAUUACAUCAACUGGUUCGAGGACUCCAUUGAUUUGAUAGUUGGCAGAAUAGUCAGUUUUGAGGAGAUGCGUUUAUCACUGGAAAAUAUAAUUGUGUUUUGACUUGAUGAAAAAUGCUCAAUGUUCCUUCAGAUGCUUACAACAAGAAAUACUGUGUAUUACAGAUGUUUGGUGAAAGUGAUUAUUCUAAGACCUUUGUAGUUUUUUGGCUAAAUCUUGUGAAUUUGAAAUUAUGGUUGAUUAAUGAUAAUAUUAUUUUUGCUUAUUAAUUCUGUGAAUUCUGUGUCAUGAGAAUCUGGUCUAGAUAACUUGAAGUUAUUUUUUUCUAUGAUAUUUUUGUUAUUUGUGUAUUGAUUACCGUACAGUAAGUAUUCACAAACACUGUUACGUUUAUUUCUUUAUGCCAAGUAGGAGACUCGUAUUGAGAUGUCCAGCACAAGUUCCCCUUGUAUAGGGGGUGCUGUUUUUGUGCUUGUGAUGCUGUCAGCUCCAAGAGGGAAUGCUGAGUAUUGCAGAAAGGCUGUUUGUGUAUUUUGGAAUUACAAGCACCUUGUCUAGUGGGAGGCACUUUUUUGAUGGCAGUAUGAAAAGUCCGAAAAAUAUUUCCUGUAAAAUUACUUUGUGGGUCCAGUUACAGUACCCUUUGUUACAAGAACCAACUGAUGAGUAUCCAGGCUGUAUGUGUGUCAUCAUGGCUUGGUGGCAUGACUUGUUGCUCGAGCCAUCAACCACUGGUUGGCAUGGCCCAAUCUUGAUUCUUAAGAGCCCAAGCGUUAUGACUAGCCCCUCCAGGUUCUGAGCAUCACAAGCACGAAGAUUGUGUCAUGAAGUGUCAUCUGGUAUGAUUCUGCUUGGCUAUUGAACCAGCAUUUGCCCACUUGUUCACACUGGCCACUCUUUAACACUGUACACAGUACACCAAUGUUUAUAAUUGAGAAACUCUUUAUUUGUUAGUGAACUUCGUGAGCGUCAGUGGCCUCUUUCUGUAGUGAGCUCUGGCAUGUUCUAUAGACAGUGGACUUGUCUAUCACUCUAUGUUUCUGUCGUGGCUGAACCUCAGCAAAUAAAAACGCUGUCAAAUGAUAA